AUGGUAUUUAUUUAUGUUACGAUUCCAAAUGUUACCGAAAAUCUGGAUAUAUUGUUCCAUCGACUUGAAAAUUUUUAUGGUGUAUCGGUAACAUUAUCUGAAGAUAAACUUAAAAUAUGUGGAACUUCAGACAAAUUAAAUGCAGCUCAAGAUUACGCACUGCGUUUUGUUAGUCCAGAAUCAGUUUUAGUCAGUACGAUUACUUCAUCGGAUUGUUUGGAAUUAUUCAGUAAUCUGACAAUAAUUCAUCAUUUUGAAUUAACGUACAACAUUGUUGUAAUUGUUAAAAAAUCUAAUGUAUUGAUCAUUAAAGGAUGUUCAUUUGCAAUCAAACGUUUCUCGAAAAUUCUAAAUCUAUUGGAAUCAUUCCUAAAAAUCAAAUGUGUUUAUUUAAGCGAUUUAAAAAUCUCAAUUUUAAAGACAUUGUGUGAGAAGUAUUCCAUAAAUUAUAAUAGCUUACAGUGCACUGACACAGUGAAGCUGGCUCUUAUAAAUUAUUUUAUUUCUUUGGAAAAACCUGGAGAGAUUAUAUCCUCUGAUAGUUGCUUAGUUGAUUCAGCAAUCGAAAAUGUGCAUUUUAUAGAGGCCUAUCGUAAGUCUCAAGUGGACAAUCCGGAAUUAAUCAAUGAAGGUAGUGAAUCAGACUCAUUAUCUUCAUUGACAAAUUCUAAAAAGGUUAAGUCAGAUGUAUCGUUACAAUCUCGCUUGAGACCCAUUAUAAUUGACGGUAGUAAUGUGAGUUUCGCUCAUGGAAAACAAAAAGAAUUCAGUGUUCAAGGAAUUCGUCUAGCCUUAGACUACUUUACAAAACGUGGUCAUAAAGAUAUAGUCGUUGUGAUACCUAGACAUUAUCAAGGUAAAGGUGGUCGUUAUUUUGAUGAACUAGAGCAUUCUGGUUUAUUAACUUAUACACCGUCACGAACACUAAAUCAAGAAAGACAAGCAGUUUAUGAUGAUCGCAUAAUCUUGCAGUUGGCAGCUGAUAAGAAUGCAGUCAUUGUAUCCAAUGAUCAAUAUCGUGAUCUUAUGUCCGAGAAUGCUAAAUUCAAAGAACUGAUUGCAACACGACUCCUUCCAUAUGUAAUGUCAGGGAAUACAUUUCUUCUUCCUGAAGAUCCUUAUGGCCCUAAAGGUCCAUCCUUAUCUGAAUGUUUAACAAUAUCAAAUUCAAUCAAGAGUUGA